AGCUUGCUCGUAAGACGAGAUGGUCGCCAGACACCUGAACGCAGAAGUGCUCGCUGUUGUCUGCGACUUUCUCACAGAUAAGCCCGAUGUCCUCUCCUUUUCGCUCACAUGCUCUGCAGUCCGCCCCGUUGCAACCCAGAGACUGCUAUCCAUGGCCCCUGUUGUCAUCUCCAGUAGCAAAUCCCUACGCUGUCUGCACUCUUUUCUCUUCUCCGACGCCGCCGCGCGCACACCCUAUGUCCGCGCUUUAACCGUCGACAGCCCCAAUCUUGAUGAGGGUGAAGUAUCGUCUUACGAUCCCGAGGAUACACCUCUCCUCCUCGACAUCCUCUCCUCCACACCCUGCUUAUAUGAACUGUCACUGUCAAUCACGCUCCACAGGACACCCAACGGAUGUGUCGACGAUCUCCGUGUGCUCGAUGCACUUGUCCAGCUGCACACCCUGCGCGCGCUUAACAUUGACGGGGAGUCGCCUGCCCUACCCGAGCUAGUCGCACGGAUCCGUGCGCCCUUGCGCAAACUGGGAGUCCUGUUUGUCAACCUCAAGGGCGAUUGGUGGCACCCAGCUGCAUUCGAGAAGUUCCUUCCUCACCUUGCGCCGACUCUCGAGGAGCUCCACGUGAACGACUUCUGUCUCGAUCACAGCGACUUCAAUGAGAAUACGAGCUUAUCUGACCGGACGCAAUACCUUGCCCUUCGGUCGCUCACGAUCAACCACUUUUUCCACCACCCGUUGCUUGAGCACCUCCAAUAUUUGUUCCCCGCUCUUGACAGGGUGCUUUGUGCAACCUUCACCGAUUUACCUAUCCCUGAAGACCGAUGGGUGGAUAUUCGCGCCGCCAAUCAGCGGGCACAAGAAGGCGACAGUGAAUCGCAUAAACAUCCAUGGAAGAGACUCGACCAGCUGAUUUGCAACAUACCACUGUUCUACAUUCUUGCGCUGCGCUGUCCCAUCCGGCUCGUAUCGCUCGACGCUUGCUCGUUCGACCAUCGCACCUUCGCCACGCAGGCACUUCGUGAAAACCCUCCACCGCGGCUUAAAGUAUCACUAUUGCUCCACGAUGGUUUGGGUGUCUUCGACGAGCUAUUCCCGCCAGAACUGGCGGAGACACUGACGCACCUCACACUCUGUAUCGACUACUCGAACAUCUGUUACGGACUGCACUACCCAGCGAACGCUCAUGCCAUUGCGACCCUUCAAUGGGAUCAUCUAAUGGAAAGGCUCCUUCAAACCGUUCUUCCUCUCCACCAUCUCACUCAUCUCCGCAUUGUCAUCCAAGCCGAUAUUCGCCACCCGUUCUCGGGACUAUACGGUCGGCUCCCAUGCUCCGAAGACUUUGUACAGGCUCUCCGCGACCCUGCCCUUCGACUUGAGAAAGCCGCUUUAUCACUUGCUGGCGUACUCACAUCCGCCCGUUACGUCUUUCUGACCACUAGAGGGUUCCUCGCAGACCGUGAGAGCAGCGAUGACGAAUGGGUAUAUACGUGGAGGGUAUCCGAGCGUUGGCUCAUCUCUCGGGCUUGGCGCGUUGCGGGGCUGUGGGCGCACAAUGCGCGCGAAAGCCAGUCCGAGUCGUCGUUGGUCGAGCUGGACGAGGCUUUUGCAGAGAUGAUUAUGGAGCAAGAAGAGCUCUUCCUAUCUCUUCAAGAUGAGAUUAACCACACCGGAGGUCACGAGUUGUGGCAACCCGAGCCGAACUAAUCGUCGUAUGUAUGUGGAGCAUAGUCGGACAACAGAUUUACGACCAAAGUCUACAUAGUGACGAAGAACAGUGCCCACUGAGGCAGUGUAAUAUGACUUGAACGCUGAUAGCAUCAUAGAAGCAAGAAAGCAUGUCACGUAUUCAUCACACAG